AUGCCCGAAGACCGCAGCCCGUUGCCACACUUUCUGCAACAGCCAGAGGACAUGGUGGUGCUGCUGGGGGAGGAAGCUCGGCUGCCCUGCGCCCUGGGCGCAUACCGGGGGCUCGUGCAGUGGACUAAAGAUGGGCUGGCUCUAGGGGGCGAAAGAGACCUUCCAGGGUGGUCCCGGUACUGGAUAUCAGGCAAUGCAGCCAGUGGCCAGCAUGACCUUCACAUUAAGCCUGUGGAAUUGGAAGAUGAAGCAUUAUAUGAGUGCCAGGCUUCACAAGCGGGCCUCCGAUCACGCCCUGCCCAACUGCACGUGAUGGUCCCCCCAGAACCCCCCCAGGUACUAGGCGGCCCCUCCGUGUCUCUGGUUGCUGGAGUUCCUGGGAAUCUGACGUGUCGGAGUCGAGGGGAUGCCCAACCCGCCCCUGAACUGCUGUGGUUCCGAGAUGGGAUCCGGCUGGAUGGCACCACCUUCCACCAGACCACGCUGAAGGACAAGACCACUGGGACAGUGGAAAACACUUUAUUCCUGACCCCUUCCAGUGAUGAUGAUGGAGCCACCUUGAUCUGCAGAGCCCGGAGCCAGGCCCUGCCCACAGGGAAGGACACAGCUGUUACACUGAUCCUGCCAGUGCUGAGCUCGGGGCCCACGCUGCGUCUCCCAUCCGUGGUGCUGGAGGAUGCCGGUGACUAUGUGUGCAGGGCUGAGCCCAGGCGCUCCGGUCUGGGAGGUGGCACGGCGCAUGCGAGGUUGACAGGCUUCCUGGAGGCAGGUUCACUAGGCAGGUUCCUGGUGGAGACCUUCCCAGCCCCGGAGGUGGACGGAGAACGCGGCACAGGCCUCAUUUCUGUGCUACACAUUUCUGGGACCCAGGAGUCUGACUUUACCAGGGGCUUCAACUGCAGUGCCAGGAACCGGCUGGGCGAGGGACGAAUCCAGAUCCACCUGGGCCGCAGAGGUUCAAGCUGUUUCUCUAAGCAAAAGAACCUGGUUCGGAUCCCAGGAAGCAGUGAUGGCUCCAGUUCACGAGGCCCUGAGGAGGAGACGGGCAUCAGUGAGGACAGGGGUCCCGUUGUGCACACUGACCACAGUGACCUGAUUCUGGAUGAAAAGGAGGCUCUGGAGACAGCGGAUCCAACCAAUGGUUACUACAAGGUCCGAGGAGUCAGUGUGAGCCUUAGCCUCGGGGAAGCCCCGGGAGGAGGCCUCUUCUUGCCACCCCCCUCUCCGAUUGGACUUCCAGGGACUCCUACUUACUAUGACUUCACGCCCCGCCUGGACUUAGUACCCCCCUGCAGACUGUACAGAGCACGGGCCGGUUACCUCACCACCCCCCAUCCCCGAGCUUUCGCCAGCUACAUGAAGCCUACAUCCUUUGGACCCCCGGAUUUGAGCUCUGGGACUCCCCCCUUCCCCUACGCUACCUUGUCUCCACCCAGCCACCAGCGUCUCCAGACUCAUGUGUGA